GGAUGAUGUCAUCCACAGUGAAGACAAUAGAGCCCACCUCCCCGUCAGUGUCUCCUCACACACGCAUCGCAGCUCAGAGUGACACACGCUCAGACGUGACGCCAGCUGAGUUAGCCAAGCACUCCUGAUACUAUUUAUUUAACUGCUUAUCUUAAAGUCCGGCAGAGCUGUGCAUCCUCUGGUCAAAUCAAGUCGUUUUUAGUUUAUAUUUAUUUUAAUCUUUUUGUUUUUCAAAAUACACGAAGAAACGAGCAGGCAGUGAAGGUGUUACACAUCUGGAUCAUACCACCGCAUCGGGUCGUGCUACUCGGGCCACUACAGACAUGAGGAUUUGUCAUUCAGCUGCCCAUAAAUGAUGAAUACACCACAAGACCGCCACUGUUGAUCUUUGCAUAAACCCAGAUGCCUCCCCUCCCUCUUGAUGAGCGCAUAGUGGUCAUCCAGCGCCCUAAAAACUUGGUUCUUUGUGAGGCCUCCCCACAAACCAUCCCACAACACUCCUCUCAAAUAUCAGCCUCUUCCAAUGGACAAGUCGUCCAUCCUCCACAUCUCCACCCUUCUCAGUCCCAUUUCUAUUCGCCCUCCUCUAAAUCUCUGACUCUGGAAUGCAAGCGCAGAUCCUCCCGUGCGCAGAAAUUCAAGGGCGACGAGCCUGUCAUCCCAGCCGGUGUCAGACACAUCCCUAGCCACUGCCACAGCAAUGGCACUGUAACUCUUGGCCCACGGCUUCCCUCCCACACACAUACUAUUGAUAUCAGGGUGACAGUAGACAAAGGAGGAGGACGGCGAGGAGGAUUCAGCAACUCGUUAGGGCGCAGUGGAAGUGUCAAAGGUGGCAAAGGGAAAUGUGCCUCUUCACAGUUGGAUCAAGGACAAUGUGAGAGAAAAACUGGAACUGCAGGGAGACCAGGUGGAGCCGAAUACAAGUCACAGCAAAGUCGCCAUAAUCAGUUAUCAUCUUCCCCUGGAGGUGUCUUACAAUUUGUCCCUGCUCAGGCACAGCAGCAUAAAUUCAGGAGUGAAAAGGAGAAGGAAAACACCACUUUUCCUAACAGAAGUAGCCAAGAAUUUCCCUCUCUAGGUCACAAAAAGAAUUCCAAACUGGGAACUGUCCAUCAAAGUCAUAAUAGUCACAGUCUGCCCUACCACCACAACUCCGUCCCAGUGCCCCAUGCUGCCAUCCUAAACUCCAACUAUUCCUCAUCCCCUCCGUCCCAACCCACCCAUGUCCCAAUAUCAUUUCAACAACUCAGCCAGCCAUACCUGUCCCGCAACAGGGAUCACCGCCCUCACAUUCUUCAUGGUCUACCCCUCUCCCCCUGCUCCUCCCACGCAGGAGGGUUCCCCAGUCCUGACCAUACCUGUACCAUUGACUGUACCCACCCAUUCAGUUGCGGCUGCUGGAGGUUGGUAAGAUGCGCAGGGUGUAAGGGGCACUCUGCUAGCUGCCAAGGAGGUGGAGGAAGCUCUUCCACCUCGUUUUCCUGUGCUCACAAUGUCGGAGCAGUGAAAAGGGGAGGCAAAGAAAUGGGCCUGAAAAAUCUGGGUGGGUGCCUCUCCACCGCCUCCACCUCCAACACCUCUUCUUCAAACAGCACUGUGUCAGACUGCCGAGCAAACCUGUUCAAACCUCUCCGUUGUGCCUCCUGCUCUGGUGAGGCCGGAAACUUUGAGAGUCCUGCUAUUCUUCGCAAAAAACUGGUAGGGGGAUGCCUGCCCUGUGCCCCAUUGUCCUCCUCAGCCCCUCUCCGGGCAAUACAGAGCUGUGUCACAGGCUGCAACCCCAAAGCCUCUCAGACAGGCAGCUCCACCUGCAGCUAUUGCAGCAGCGACCCAAUAGUGGUGACAUUCAACCCUCGCCGAGGCAAACCCCCAGGAAGAGGCAUGGGAGCAGCUCAUCCGAUGGGUAUGUACCAAGCUGACGAUGAUGACUACAGUGUGCGUACUAUCUGGCCUGAAGAACUGGCAAAGAAGAUGACCCAUUCUAAAGCCCAAAAGAAUCACUGCGCUGGGAUGGCAGUAGGAGUUGGAAAGACCUGUGCAGGCCAGGCCCAGAAUGGCAGUAAUGGUACAGGCCUUGUCCUUCUGGACUGUCAAAACCUCCAGGAAUACACACAGUCCCAGCUAACAGAUCAUGCUGGCCGACGACGACUUCAGCAAGGGAAAAUGGCUGCCCUUGAUUUUAUGGGCCGGAGAUCAGGAUCUGGAUAUGAUGAAGGCCGGAACUCACUGAAGAGGCUCUUGAAUAAAGCUGAAGAUAUGGGAAUGGGUGAUGGUCCUGAGCAAGAUGACGAUGCAGCAUAUCAACAUUCUCCCUCUCCCCGCUCUGCAUCCCCACCCUCACCCGUGUCCUUUUCGCCUCCACCGUCUGCCCCAAGCACACUUAUCAAACCCAAACCUUGGCAGAGAGACAGGGAGGGAGGACAUUCGCUGCCAUCGGCUCAGUCACUUCACCUGGCCCUCAAUUCCCUGAACAGAGAGCAAGAUGAGGAGAACAGCAGAAUGCACCUCUCUCUGCCACUGUCUUCUUCAUUGCCGGCUUCUCUGUCUGAUGAGAGUGUUAUGACUCCUGAUGCUGAAAACGCAGUGAUCAGCCCCAUCCUGCCCUUCCUGUUUCUGGGGAACGAGCGAGACGCCCAAGACCUGGACCUGCUGCUACGCCUCAAUAUUGGCUAUGUGGUCAACGUGACAACACACCUGCCCCUCUACCACGUCAGUUCUGGACUGCGCUACAAAAGGCUGCCAGCCACUGAUAACAGCAAGCAAAAUCUUCGACAGUAUUUUGAAGAGGUUUUCGAGUUUAUUGAGGAGGCAUAUCAGAGUGGACAGGGAGUGCUGGUACACUGCCAGGCAGGCGUGUCCCGUUCUGCAACUAUUGUCAUCGCCUACCUUAUGAAGCACACCCUCAUGACAAUGACAGAUGCCUACAAAUACGUGCGGAGCCGUCGCCCAGUGGUGUCCCCAAAUCUAAACUUCAUGGGCCAGCUUUUGGAGUUUGAGAGGGACCUAAACUCGGGGGUGACUCCUCGUAUCCUGAUGCCUAAACUGAACGGAGUGGAGACUCAGGUGUGAGAAUGGUCAGGAGCGUUAGGCUUAUUGCAAGUGAAGAGAAGAGAAACUAGAGAAAUUAAAGUGGCAUUAAUGAGUAUCAAAGAAAAAGUGUAGCACAUUUUACAAGAGAGAUAUGGUGAGGAAUAUUACAAUUGGAAAAUGAUGGUCUGUAGGGCAAUCAGUGCACUUUUAAAACUGUGAUACAUGAUAUAAAAGACUGGAUGCCUGAUUUGUUUAAGUAGUAACUCUUAAACAAUAUGAUCAUCAUCCAGGAUUUAUAAAAUAAUGUGCCAAUAUUUUGUAUAGACCUAACAUCACUCAGAUAUCUUGUUUGUUUUAUUCUGAUGAUUCUUCCUUUUUGUUCCUGUCGUUUACAUUCACACCCACACAGAAAUAUUUAAUUGCCAUUAAUCAUAAAUGCAUGCAGGAUGGGAAUGCAGACAUGGAAAGGGUUCACUAGUGAUGUCCUACUACACCAACACCACUUUGAUGUUUCCACCACAUGUAGCAACACAUAGGUUAUUACAAAGCACUUUACUUUCUCUCAUUAUCAAUAUGUGAAUUGUCACAAGGAUGAGAAGACUUCAGACUUGUACAGACUUCAGUCACUGUUUUGGUUGAAUAUGAUCAGGUCUGUGGGUUUUUCAGCUACUUGGGAACCGCACAAUAGAGCGGCACGGACCUAGUAAGUAGCAUUGCGUAGCAUUAACCUGAGAAAUUUAUCACAAAAAGCAAAAACAGCUCAUGGAAAUGUGGAAAAAUGGUUUUAUUUCAGUGAAGCUGCUUGUUUAUUAUUGUAAGUAAUACAGUUCUGAAAUAAUGCAGUGAAAGCCUCUGAUGGGUGACAGGCUGACAGAGUUGGAGUAAGAAUCUAUUGCAAGAGCAGGUGUCAUCCACACACUAUUAAUGUGUCUGAAUAAAAGUUGCAUUUUAACAUGCAAGUUAAUGCACUGAAAAGGCUAAUUUUAAACACAUUUACAGCAGAGCUGUAGCCACAACUGAACAACUCAAUUUUUUAUGCACUCUAUGAUUUACAGUAUAUUUGAUCAGAGGUGUGGGCUGGCAGGUGUUGUCCUGCUCCCAUAAUGUGCUUUAAAACAACAGACCUUCUCCAACUGUGCACUAUUUUUAUUUAUUUUUUAUUACGUGAAGAAAAAAAACUUUGUUUUUGUUUGGUGUUGCAUGAAACAGUCCUGUCAUGGUGCACGAACAGGUAUUUCUUAAAAUUAAAGAGCACAUGGUAGGUUGAUUUAUUGAAUUAUUAUUAAUACACAGGGAAGAGACAACAUUAAACGUUCUGCAUUUAACCUGUCUGGUUGGGAACAUAGGGCCAAACUAUUUAUUAUGUGUGUGUUAUGGUGAAAAAACUGUGUAAAGUUUUUAUUUUGUAAUUUCUGACUUUUAUUUUCUAGGCUCGCUUCUCGUUUUUUUAACAUCCUGUGGCAGAUUUUAAGUGUUAUUUCUCACAGGACCAAGUACCAAUCAGAAAAAUGCACUAUUUCACAGCUUACACUGUCGUACUUAUGUCACAAACGCUCUUAAAGCCAAAUCUACUUUAUAUUUCGUUAUUUUAAUACCUUUGACAAGGAGAGACAAAGUGAUUUCUUAGCCGACUAGGUGUUACUCCUUAACUGUUCUUUUGCCUUAUUGUCAUCCUUACUGAGCUUCCUGUGUCUGUCAUGACUAUGCAUUAUUUUUAUUAUGAAGGCUGUGGUUUUAUGAGAAAAGGUGACUCGAUUCACUGUGAACUCUUCCUCUGUAUAGUUAAGGUCAAUACUCGAGUAUUAUUCAGUACAUGUUAAAUCACAGUCCUGUUCACCCAAUCUGCACAGUGAAUCAUCUGUUUUAGGCUUAACA